GCUGGAAGUCCCCCCCCACCCCCCGAGGUCCGCUCAACACAACGACGUCUCCGCCCCUGAUCUUCACUCACUCCGGACUCUUUAGGACUCGUUACCACCUCGUAUCACCACCGUGGGCCACCGACACAAAGGAUGCAACGUAUCGGACGGAGUCCGGGGAGAUGCUGCUGAGCGCUGAGGAUGGGCCAGAGAAAAGCCGCCGCCGCCCCACCGACUGACGCGGUCAUGCCCUGCCUGCCCUCCUGAGCCCCCACUCCCUAAAUUCUGAAACCCCACCCCCCCCCCCCUCCGUGAUAUCCGAGCCGCUGCGCCACCCCUUGUUGGUCAGCAUGGCCACACCCUUCCUGUGGAAGCUGUCCUCCCAGAAGCUUGGCUUAUUCCUGGUCAGCUUUGGCUUCAUCUGGGGCAUGAUGCUGCUGCACUUCACCAUCCAGCAGCGAGCCAGCCACGAGAACAGCGCCGUGCUGAGGCAGCAGAUCCUGGACCUGAGCAAGCGCUACAUCAAGGCGCUGGCUGAGGAGAACCAGAGUGUCAUGGACGGGCCCUACGUGGGCACCAUGACUGCCUACGAUUUGAAGAAGACCCUUGCUGUGCUGCUGGACAACAUCAUGCUGCGGCUGGGCAAGCUGGAGUCCAAGGUGGAGAACAUCUACAACGGCACGGGGGGUAACCUGACCAACGGCAUCAGCACCGCCACACCCAGCGCCACCAACUUGGAGAAAGUAAAUGUGGCCGACCUCCUAAGCGGCGCCCAGGAGAAGUGCGAGCUGCCGCCUUUGGAGGGUUUCCCUCACUGCGAGGGCAAGGUCAAGUGGAUGAAGGAUAUGUGGCGCACUGACUCCUGCUAUGGAAACUACGGCGUGGACGGAUCCACCUGCUCCUUCUUUAUCUACCUCAGCGAGGUGGAGAAUUGGUGUCCCCGUCUGCCCUGGAGGACAAAGAACCUGAAUGAAGAAUUGGACAGGAGGGGACAGGCGGAGGUCCGGACCACUUUCGAUGAGCUGUACCGUGUGAUGUCGCAGCGCGAGGAGUUCCGCUGGAUGAUGCUGAGGAUCAAGCGCAUGGCCGAGCCGUGGGUCAACGCUGUCCGCUCGCUGGCCGCCAAGCAGAACCUGGCCCACCGCCGGAGGAAGAAGAUCCUCGUGCACUUGGGCCUGCUGACCAAGGAGUCGGGCUUCAAAAUAGCGGAGAACGCCUUCAGCGGAGGCCCUUUGGGCGAGCUGGUCCAGUGGAGUGACCUCAUAACCACGCUGUACCUGCUGGGCCACGACGUCCGCAUCUCGGCCUCCCUGGCCGAGCUCAAAGAGAUCAUGCGCAAGGUCAUGGGGAACAAGUCCAGCUGCCCGACCCAGGGCGACAAGGUGGUGGAGCUCAUCUACAUUGACAUCGUGGGCCUCACCCAGUUCAAGAAGACGCUGGGACCUUCCUGGGUCCACUACCAGUGCAUGCUGCGGGUGCUGGAUUCAUUCGGGACGGAGCCAGAGUUCAACCACGCUCACUACGCCCAGUCGAAGGGUCACAAGACGCCCUGGGGGAAGUGGAACCUCAACCCGCAGCAGUUCAACACCAUGUUGCCUCACACCCCAGACAACAGCUUCCUGGGCUUUGUAGUGGAGCAGCACCUCAAUGCCAGUGACAUCCGGCACAUCGACGACAUCAAGAGGCAGAACCAGUCGCUGGUCUACGGGAAGGUCGACAACUUCUGGAAGGACAAAAAGAAAUAUCUCGACAUCAUCCACAGCUACAUGGAGGUCCACGGCACCGUGCAUGGCUCCACCACCGUGCACCUUCCGAGCUACGUGAAGAACCACGGCAUCCUGAGCGGCCGAGACCUUCAGUUCCUCCUCAGAGAAACCAGGCUGUUUGUGGGUCUGUCCUUCCCCUACGAGGGUCCCGCCCCCCUAGAGGCAAUCGCCAACGGCUGCGCCUUCCUCAACCCCAAAUUCAGCCCUGCGAAGAGCAGCAAGAACACAGACUUUUUCAAGGGCAAACCCACGCUGAGAGAGCUGACCUCUCAGCACCCGUACGCUGAGGUGUAUAUCGGGGAGCCCCAUGUGUGGACGGUGGACAUUGAGAACUCUGUAGAGGUGGAGAAGGCCAUCCGCUCCAUCCUCAGCCAGAAGAUCGAGCCCUACCUGCCCUACGAGUUCACCUGUGAGGGGAUGCUGCAGAGAGUCAACGCCUUCAUCGAGAACCAGGACUUCUGCCACGGCCAGGUGAUGUGGCCCCCUCUCAGCGCCCUGCAGGUGAAAGUAGCCGAGCCGGGACGCACCUGCAAGCAGGUGUGUCAGGAGGAGCAGCUCAUCUGCGAGCCGUCCUUCUUCCAGCACCUCAACAAGGAUAAGGACCUGGCCAGGUUCGGCGUGGACUGCCAGACGGUGGAGUCCAGCGCGGACACGGUGGUGCCGGCCUACAGCGAGACCCGCCGCCACUGCGUCUUCCAGGCCGACCUGCUGCUGUUCAGCUGCGCCGGCGCCCACCAGUCGCUGCGGCGCAUCUGCCCCUGCCGCGACUACAUGAAGGGCCAGGUGGCGCUGUGCAAGGACUGCCUAUAGCACCAACAUCAGCAGGCCCCCGGGGGACGAGGGGAGUCGAAUGAAGUGGACGCAGCCCAACGAGCUCUCCAUCGCACAACGCUUCAGUGGGACCGCGUCUGGACAGAAGAGACUGCGUGUGGCCACCAUAUCUAUUGUCUCCCCCCCCCCUCCCCCCUUCCACCCCCCACAGGUGCAGAAAGUGAAGCGGCCAGCCACAUAAACGCUCACACCGUGAUUCUGCGGAAGUGGGUGUGAAAUUACUUGAAUCGACCCCCCCCCCCCC